CAUCGCCGGUGCGUGUCGUGACGUCGUACGCAAAAGCUAGUGUGGUCACCGCAGGGGGACUACUGAAAUUUUUCUGUAUUAGUUUCUAGUUUCGCUACACCAGGUGGCUCUGAAUGAUAAUCUGGCAUUUAUUUUAAGGCCUUACCUCUAAAAUAAUUAGCUUCUUAGUUAAUACAGAGACGCUUGUUUUGAAGUUAUGCUGCAUUUUGAAUAUAGUUUUAACAUAACUGAUUUUUUAAGAUAGUAAACGUGCUUAGAAGAUGUCAACAAUGUGGACUCUACGAAUCUGCCAUCUUGACCAAAGUAUUUAAGGUACAUCUUGCAUCUGAUGUCAAUUCAGCAAUUGACAAUUACUUUCAGUCCAUCCAUCUUCCAUGCUGUAUAUUUUCUAGUCAAAACGGCUAAACAAAUGUAUGAGAUCAGUGACCUUAUUAAAGGAUCUUCUCCCCAUUCCUAAUUUUAACCUCCACUCUGCUUUUUCAUGACUUAAUUAUUCCCAGCCCUGAACCUGACACCCUCUUAAAAACCUGUCCCCACCCCGUCCCCUUAACCCGGGUCCCUUCAGGCCUGCAGCAUUGCCAUGCUGGGCUGUCUUCUGCGUAGGAGCAUGUCUCACAGACUGAGUGUGUUUCUGGUGGUCUUCGGCCUGGCCUGGUGCCUGCUGCUGCUUCACUACACCGUCACACAACCACCGCGGCAGAGCAGUGCAGAGCUCCGACAACAGAUCCUCGAGCUCAGCCAUCGCUAUGUCAAAGUCCUUAGCGAGGAGAACCAGAACCCUUCAGGACCCCAUGGCACCUCCAUGGCAGGAUAUGCUGACUUGAAGAGGACAAUUGCUGUGCUGUUAGAUGAUAUUCUCAUUCGUUUGGUGAAGCUGGAGGGGAAAGUGGAGGCUGCUGUGAAUGCCUCCAUACAGAACAUCUCCCAUCCUGCUGCUGGUGCCAGCACUCUCCUUGCUGCCAGAGUCACUGUUUCCAGGUCCACCAAACAAAAUACAUCUGCCCACCGGCCAGAGAGACGUAGUAACCCUCUGCACUUCCUGUCACAAUCACCUGACAGGUCACAUAAGCCGCACUCUUUGAAAUAGCAAACAGUGGCUAUGGACAUCUUCUCCAUCACUUCAGCAAAGACUGAGAUACAGAGAUAAAUAUACAUACAUAUAUAUAUAUUUUUAGACUAAAGCAGCUUUUAGACAUUUCUUUUCUGUUGUGCACAUGAGCUUCAGCUUGAUUGUUUGUCUUAUAUUCAUGGACCACAAGUAUAUUUUAUAACUUAUGUGCAAUACGGAAUAUAAGAUAUGAGAGAGUGAUAGGAUGUGUUUUCUAACAGAAGACUUUUUUUUUGAUAUACAGAUGAGUGUUUCAUAAUGUAUCUGCAAAAGACACCAUGUACAGCAUUAUCUUCACAGCUAGCUAAUGGUGUGUAAUGCACGUAGACGGAUUCCAGAGCGAAGGUUUACACCUUUUAAUUAAGACGUCAUGCAUCAGCUAUUGAACUGUGGAGGAAAUGAGCUGAUCCAAAGAGUUAUCUCAGUCAAAAGUUGACUGAUGUCUCUAUAGCUGGUUGAUUUAAGGAAUGGGGAUAUACCUCAGUUGCUGUUAGUACAUGGAGCUGAAUCCCAGCGAAACUGAACGCAGCAUUAAGCUUUCGGGGGAAACUGUACCAGACAACACAACUCAAACCAUACAAUAAAACAUGUACCAGACUUCA